AUGGAGGAGGACACUGAACUGAGAACCGACGGAAACUCACUCUUAAAGGCUGUGUGGCUGGGGAGGCUCAGGCUGACCAGACUCCUCCUGGAAGGGGGCGCUUACAUCAACGAGAGCAAUGACAAAGGCGAGACGGCUCUCAUGGUGGCCUGCAUCACCAAGCACGUGGACCAGCAGAGCAUCAGCAAGUCCAAGAUGGUCAAGUACCUGCUGGACAACAGGGCGGACCCCAAUAUCCAGGACAAGUCUGGCAAGACGGCCCUCAUCCACGCCUGCAUCAGGAGGGCCGGAGGAGAGGUGGUCUCCCUGCUCCUGGAGAACGGCGCGGACCCCAGCCUCGAGGACCGCACGGGGGCUUCGGCUCUGGUUUACGCAAUACACGCGGAUGACAAAGACGCCCUGAGACAUCUCCUUGACGCCUGCAAAGCCAAAGGGAAGGAGGUGAUUAUCAUCACGACAGAUAAAUCAUCAGCGGGCGCCCAAACCGCCAAACAAUACCUUAACAUCCCUCCGUCACCCAAAGUGGAAGACAGACAGUCACCUCCACUGUGCGCGUCUCCCUCAGACGUCGAACUGAAGGCUCCGGGCCCGGGCGCUCCGCCCAGCGAGCGGGAGGACGACUUCUUCAGCGUCCAAACGGGGCAUCCGAGUGGUUGCCACACCGCCAAGGCUCUCAACGAGCCUGGGUCCCCCACCAGGAAAGUUGGGAACCUCAAGAGAGCCCGCCUGCCCCAGCUGAAGAGGCUCCAGUCCGAACCCUGGGGCCUGAUUGCGCCGUCCGUGCUGGCUGCUAACGUGCGUCAGGAUGACGCCCACGGCGCGGGCACAGACAGUGAGGUCAUCAAGAGCAUUAGCGACGUGUCCUUCCCCAAAAGGGGGCCGCUUUCCAGAGCCAGCAGUAUCGACGGCAAAGACCCCGCCCUGUUCCCCACAUUCACAGAGCAGAUUCUGAAGAUCCCAGCCUCGCCGGCACCCGCAUCCUGGAAGGCCGCCUACGACAAGGGCCAGGCGUCCCACCCUCGUGUGGCCAGAAGAGGGACUCUCCCUGUGGAGCAGGAGAAGGCUGGAGUCAGUCCAUCAGUGUCCCACAAGCGGCUGGAAAAUGACCCAUACGAUUUCGAUCUGCAGCCAGGGGCUGACCAGCUCAGUCCCGUCUCCCUGGAGUCGGGCAAAGGGCCCCUCGAGAGGAAGAGGCUGAAUGGCUCCCACGUGGCUCUCUUCCACGGCUCCCGCGAGUCCCUGGACGCGGCGCCCAGCACCUCCCCCAGCUCGGCGCGCCCCAGGCCACCGCCUCUUCUGGAAAGGCGAGGUUCUGGGACUCUGCUGCUGGACCGCAUCUCGCACACCAGGCCCGGCUUCCUUCCGCCUUUAAAUGUAAAUCUGAACCCACCCAUCCCAGAUAUCAGGCCCGGCGGCAAACCUUCUUCUCCACUUGCCAGCGGCCUAAAAUCCAUGCUGCCCGUGGCUCCCAGCUCACCGAAGAGAGCUGACUCGAGGAGUCAAAAGAAACUACUCCGGAGGCACUCCAUGCAGGUCGAGCAUGUGAAACAGCUGUCUGGCUUUGAGGAGAUCAUGGCCUAG